CAAUCUUCAGUCUUAACCGUUCAUUUCGGUUAAUUGUGUAUUUUAGGUGAUCUAAAAGUAGCUGCCUUUAAUAAAGUGUAGACAAUCAUGAGUAGUGAACACGCUUGGAUAUCUGGUGGAUGUCCUUUUAAAGGCAGGAGGAUUGACUCACGAGGCAAUAUCAAAUACAAAGGUCACAUGAUAGUUUCAAGCCAUGAGCUUCAGUUUGUUUUGGCAAAGCCCAAAGCAAAGAGUGGAAAAGUCAUCGACAAAGAGCUAUUUCCGCUGAAGGAUAUUAAGAGUUAUGGAUGUCACGAGAACGUGCUGUCAGUGCGAUUAGGAGGAGAGUCCGCAGAGAUGGGAGAGUCGAACAUGGUGUAUUUUAAAAUGAAAGAAGCAGUUGUUGUAAAAGAGAUUAUGGAUCAGGUCAUUGAAAUGAAACGGAAACCAAUGCCUCGAAUGCCAAGCUUUGACCACGCUGGAGGAUUCUAUGACAUGUCACCGACCGCCUUUAAAGCUUUCCCUGGACAACAAGACCUCCAGAGAAAACCAUCCCUACCACUACCAUCAUCUAUGCAAAAUAACAUGAGCUAUUAUGAUCCCUCUCAGAUGGAUCCCACUCAGUCGUCGCCACAACAAUCUGAUAACGUUUUUGAUGGGUACAGCAGGGCCAAAUUCACGCGAUCAACUUCGACUGGAUCUUCAGGUAGCAGCACUGGACCACUCUCAGGAAAUUGUAUACCUGGACAUGAGAACCCAAUAUUUCAGUUCAGUCCUAUUGUGUCACCAGUCCAGUAUGCUCAAGUGGAGAUACCUACUCAAAGACAAUUUGUGGAUCUGCCCUCCCCUACAGACCCCAGUAAUCCAGGAAAGAAAAAGCGCCCGUUCUUUAAGACAAGAUCGCUACCAAAGUUUGGAUACACAAAAGUUGAUAUUGACACAAUGGAGGCAUUGAGGGAAAUAGAAAACAAAGAGAAGCAAUCUGGGUAACACCAGGAGCUUGAGCUGAUGGUUCUAUUCAGAAAAAAAUUAAUUGUUUUAAACUGUUUGAGAAAGGAUAGAUUUUUAAUUAGGCAGGGUUUUUUAAUGAUGGUGUCGACCAUACUAACUGUGAAGAAACUGAACGAAAACUUCUGUAUGAGAAUUGACUGAUUUUGUGAUGUACAUUACAUUCUGAUUUUGGAUCACAUAUUCUAAUAUUGAGACAUUUUAUAUUUAAGAGGCUGAAAUUUGCACAUGCAGACAAUGGAAAUAAUCAUAUAUCGUUUUACAUAAUAUCAAUACCUUGUGGAAAACAAGAACUUUGGGAGACACUUUUAACAAGCAAAUAAGAAAGGUAUUGAAAGCCCUAAAAGGUCUGGUUCAGUGACCAGUGUGACUCCCCAUAGUGUGCUCGUUGCAUGUAAUAUUGUGCUUUUGUUUAAACACAUUGAAUUUUAUGUGGAGAACAUUUGAGUUAAUGUGUUUUUGAAUCAUUUUCACUCUUUUGAACUUAAUUGAUCUGAACAACAA